CAAGCUCUGCAUUCAACUAUCGAACAAGUUGCUUCCAACUUGUAUAAAAGGUUAGUGUAUGUUCUAAUUAAUUGAGUUCUAUAGGACUAUACAGAAAUAGCAGGAGCUUAAUUAGUUUUAUCCAUAUUUCUGCAGAAAUAUUUUCUGUGGAGUAGCUUCCUGGUAUAGUAACUCGCAUAAUUUCAUGUAUUUUGAGAUUACGCUUCCAGUGUUGACAAAGUUCAGCAGGGUAGCUCAGGCCUUGCAUGUAAAUAGUGCCAGGGUCAAGCCCUGGCAUCUUCAAUUUGGGUAGGAGGUGAUGAGAAAGACCUUUCUGUCUGAGUCCCUGGGAGCUGCUGCCAGUCAGAACAGACAAUAUUGGGAUAGAUGGACAAAUAGUCUGACCUGGUUUAAGGCAGCUUCCUAUGUGAAUCCAACUUGUUAUUUACACACUAUGAUUAAAACAAGUAGUCUUGGGGCACCUGAAAGGCUAACACAUUUAUUAUGGCAUAAACUUUCCUGGACUAUAAACAUCAGGUGCAUUUAGUGUUUUCCUGAUACAUAAAUGUCUUCUUCACCCUGUGCCAGAGAUAGGCAAUGUGAUGCCCUCCUGAUGUCAUUGGACUCCAGUGCCCAUCAGCAUCAGCGACCAUGGCCAGUGUUCAGGGAUGAUGGGAUUUGUAGUCAAACAGCAUCAAUAGGGCAUCUUCUUGGUGGCUGCUCCCAGACUUUCAAUAGAUUUUAUAGCUUUAUAUAUAGUAUAGUUUUAAUUCUAUCAAUGCUUCCUUGUGUUUUAAUUAUUGCUUUUUUCUUUGAUUAUUGCUUUUUAGCAGUUCUUUUUAAUUAUUUAAUAAUAAGAAAUAUUUUUAAUUCUUUUAAGAAUUAUUUAAUAAUUCUUAUUUAAUUAUUUUAAUUGUUUUAAUUAUUGCUUUUUAGCAGUUCUUUUUUUUUAAUCUGUAAGCUGGUUUUAGUCCCAUCAGGGGAAAAGGUGGGGUAUAAAUAAAUAUAGUUAUAAUGUUGGCUACCCCUGCCCUACCUCUUGGCAUUUCUGUGCUGAAAAUCCUAUAUACUUUCCACAGAAAAUUAGAGUGGGGAAACUACCGUAGUUAAAUCUUACACUGGAAGUACCAACCAAUAAGGGCUGUGACAGAAUGAUUCUAGCCUUUUUUCUAUCUCUAUGCUGUACAGUCCGGCUUUUUCACCAUCCAGCCAAGUGCUGUCUAGUUUAAUGACAGUGGCUCUUUAGAAUCUCAGACAGAGACUUUCCCCUGCCACCUGAUCAGAGACCCUGGUCUUUUGUGUAUUUUCUUGGUAUUUAAAAUAAAUCCUAAACCCUAAUCAUCACAGCACUCACUAUUCAAAAUGAGGCACUCACUAUAGUCCAACAGUCAAUCCAGCAAUUUGGAUUAAGAACACUUAAACUGACUUUGAAACUUCCUGUUAUUUACAUGAUGUGUCUGGUUGUUGUAAACGAGGGCGAGAAAGCAGAAUCAUAGAAACGUAAAGCUGGAAGGGACCCCCAAGGGUAAUGCUGUAUUGUUUUUAACACUCAAUUGGAAGCCGCCCAGAGUGGCUGGGGUAUAAAUAAUAUUUUAUUAUUAUUAUUAUUAUUAUUAUUAUUAUUAUUAAGCCCAACCCCUUGCAAUGCAGAAAUCACAGCUACAUCAUCCAUGACAGCUGGCCAUCCAACCUCUCCUUAAAAACCUCCAAGGAAGGAGGGAUGUAUCUGUGACACGAGUCAGCAUUCUGAUCAAUGCAGGACUGCAAUCACCCAGAGGCAGAUUUUGGGAACGGUGACCGGUUCAGUUGCACUGGGUUCAGAGCCUUGGAGGUGCAACAAUUAUGAUUUAGAAUGGCGUGUGAGAGGCAGAGGAGCACCAAAUUUCAGUGUCACAAAGCAUGCCGCUGAAAUUUGAGACCCGGAGAUCUGCCACUUCAUUCACAUCGCAGUCUGGUUGAACUGAUCCAUUUUAAGCUCCAUGUGUGACAGUGGUUCAACUCUAGCAAAGUCCUAAUACUUGAGGCCAGAAUGUUAGCACCCACAGAACCGUUUAGAUUCUUCUUUCUGUGGAAAAAUAUGGCGACAAAUUACAUUGAUCAAUGUGAUGAUUCAAUAUACAGUCAUACCUCUUAUUACGUUUGCUUCAGGUUACGUCUUUUCAGGUUGCGUCCUGCAGUGACCCGGAAGUACCAGAAAGGGUUACUUCCGGGUUUCACCGCUUGCGCAUGUGCAGACGUGCAAAAUGAUGGCAUGCGCAUGCGCAAAAGCGGCAAAUAAUGACCCGUGCAUGCGCAGAUGCUAGUUGCGUUCCUUGCAGGUUGCGAAUGAGGCUCCGGAAAGGAUUCCGUUCGCAACCAGAGGUACCACUGUAGAUUAAAUACUGAGGGAGGGAAAUGGGGGUAGACAUAACAGCAAAACUAUCACAAGGGAGGAAUGUGACCUGAAAAGGGCACAAGAACUCAGAGGAGAACCUGGCAAGGUAUGUUUAAGUUUCUGAAGCUUAUCGCUUUGUGAUAAAGAGCUGGGUUUCCCCUCUCCAGGAACGCUGCAAAAUUUUACCCCAGAUAGUACUAAUGCUAUGACAUUUGCCUGCAGAGUUCCUGCUGAACUAGCAUUCUGAAAAGUUGGAAGCAUCAGAUAAAACAAGUGCUGUCAUCAGCUAUCAGAUUAAAUGUUUCCUAUGGCAUCCAGAUAAUCAAGGUUAUGUUAGACUGAACAUUUCCUUGUGGGCAACUGCAGUCAGAUAAGGUAGGUAAACAUGCGUUCUUCUUUUACAUUUUGCUUCACUGAAGGCUGAGCAAAAAUAUAAACUACAUUUCUCACGUAAUAAUAAUAAUAAUUUUAUUAAUUGCACCUGCCCAUCUGACUAGGGGCUGAAUCUACACGCAGAAAAAACACUAUGAAAAGUUAUAAAUUAAAUCAUAACGAAAGGAAAAAACCUCUAUGUAAAAUUGCAUAGACAAUGUUUUUAGCUCUACAGCACCAUGUGGUGUCGCAUGUUUAUGACGCAGUUAUAGCAUUGUAACACGAGUAAUGUAGCUGAGUCCUGGGCUGCCCCAGCCAUUCAUAGCAGAAUGCUUGGGCGUAAGAUAUUAGGGGUGCUGGAAAGAUUCCCUUUCAUAAGCAGUUUAAUAACAGGCUUCUGAAUCAGAUCAGACCAUAUAUUUUUCAUAACCUUUUUUGCUUGGUUCUUGUUUUACUCCUACUUGCAUGGUAGUGUAUAAAUCUAUGUACUGUGCAACUUUCAUUAAUACUAACAUGUCCUGUUUUAGGAACUUCCCAUACUUGAGGGUCAAACUAGACAAUACAUAAGACGUGCAUAAACUACAAUCAAACCUCAGUCAUCAAACAUAAUCUAUUCUGGAAGCCUGUUCAGCUUCCGAAAUUUUCAAAAACUGAGGUGCGGCUUCCGAUUGGUUGCAGGAGCUUCCUGCACUCAAACGGAAGCUGCAUUGGACGUUCAGUUUCAGAAAAGUGUUCAAAAUGUGGAACAUUUACUUCCGAGUUUUCGACAUUCAGGAGCCGAAAUGUUCCAAAAUGGAGGCGGUCGGGAUCCGAGGUUUGAUUGUAUCUCUCUACUCUUAUAAACACACAAAAACACACACAUACCAGCACCCACGACAUACAUUUAAAGCACUAUAAUAACACUCUAAUACUGUGGUUUGCUAAGGGUGCUGAGAGUUGUUAGGAUACUGCUAUUCCUCUACAAUUAGAGUUCCCUUGGAAAACUGGCAACCAUCCAGGGAAUUGUAGGUGUGUGAGGGGAAUAAGGUUCUCCUAACACAGUGUUUCUUCACUGUUGUUGGACUACAACUCCCAUCAUUCCUGACCACUGGUCCUGCUAGCUAGGGAUGACAGCAGUUGUAGUCCAACAACAGCUGGAGAGCCGAGCUGGAGAAAAACUGUCCUAACAACUCUCAAUACCCCUUACAAACUACAUCUCCCAUUAUUAUUCAGUGGAAGCCACGCCUGUAAAAAGUGGUAUCAUAGCAAUUUAAAUGUAUGGUGCGGAUGUGACAAAGACAAAGUCAGGCAACAUCAGAGCAAGACUGGUGGAAACUGGAGGAAGGGACUGCCCAGAGGCUGAAUGUCAUUGCCACAUUCAAAAUCACUCUCAACAGCUGCUUUCUCUCAGAAUUUUGGGACCAUGGCACCUCACCCCAAAACUCCUUGGUUCAAUUGCCAGGCCCAGACACAGAUCGUGAACCGCCCUGAGAUCUACAGGUAUACAGUGGUAUGCAAAUUUGACUAAUAAUAAUAGGAAUGGAUCUAAAUAAUCCAGGUGCUGUUGUUAGAACAAAUAAUCAAGCUUUAAUUAUCUCUGCAUUCCAUUUUUGCUACUUAUUUUUAAAAUAUCUCUUUACAGAAAACUGUCAUAAUGGCGAACUGCAGUAGCAGGAUUGAGCAGGGCAUAUUUACUUUUGAAAUUAUUCUUUACAGCCUACUCACCUUUUUCGGAGUCAUAUUUAAUACAGUUGCCUUGUGGGUUUUCUGCUUCAAACUGGGCAAAUGGACAGAGACCAGAGUUUACAUGAUCAAUUUAGCCCUGGCGGACUACACACUGGUCCUUAUCUUACCAUUCAUCAUGUACUUUCACUACAACAACUGGCCUGUGGAUGACUUUUGCUCUGUCAUAUUCGGAAUCAGUAGCAUGAACAUGCCAAUGAGCAUAGGCAUCAUCAUGCUAAUAGCGGUUGAUCGGUACCUUGCAAUCAAACAUCCCCUGAAAGCCAAAGUAAUCAGGUCUCCGCGGAAGGCAGCUCUUUUCUGCUUAUUUGUUUGGCUCUGUUGCUUGCUUUAUACAAUCCCAUUCAGUCUCUCGUUGAAAGGAGAGUUUUGUUUUCAUAAACUUUCUAAGGAGAACAAAGCUCUUACCCUGGUCAGAUUAAUCGUUUUCUUUUUCAUACCACUGGUUAUAUUGUUGUUUUGUUCUAUACAAGUCAUCCGAUGCCUCAGGAAGAAACAUAAUGCUGGUCCUCAUGAAGAAAAGUUAACCCAGAAAGCCAUCUGGGUGGUCUCAAUCAACCUGGCCACCUUCAUUAUAUGCUUCCUGCCUUUCCACUUGAGUUUACUGUUUAGCUACUUAGCAAAAGCAUUUGAAGUUGCUGACUGCAAGGUGUGGCAAGCCAUCGCCAAUACCAUACAUGCAACUGCGAUAAUGACCAAGCUAAAUUGCUGCUUGGAUGCCGUGUGCUAUUACAUGGUUGCUAAGGAAUUCCAGGAAGCUGCAGCACUCUUGCCUCCCUUCAACGCAAUGCAGUCCAGGUCCGACUUAACUCAAGAUUCACAGCUGCAAAGCAAAACACCCGAAAAUUCACAACUGCAAAGUUUAAACAGCUGAAAUCACAACGUCAUUUUAAGAUGCAUCUAGUCUCACCUUUGGAGCACUAUGUCCAAUCAAUUGAAACAUCGCCUUUCGAACGCUAUGUCGAACGAAGCCCUACAAACUAUUCAAGACCAGUAAACAAAUUGGAUAUCACGUUAAUUUUAGUUGAUACGUUUUAAACCGAUGCCGCUCCCUUGAAUUUUUGCCGAUGCAGAUCAGUGUGCUGGUUUAACAUCUCUUGCUGAAACGGCAGAUUAUGUUCUGGAUCCAUACUUCUUGCGGAAAGAUACAUAUCCCUGUAUCUAAGAUGGUAUUUUUCAUGUUGAAAUCCUGUCUUUAUACUCAGGCCUUCCUCAGCUGAAUUAGUGCUUGUAGUUUGAUACAGCUUACAAUGAUGGAUUUGCAUUAUGCAUUGUAAGUUUGUUUUAUGAUUGAUAUACAUUUGGUUGCAGAGUUCAUAUACUAUAUUAAGAGCUUUACCUUUUAAAAAAAAUAAAUGCU